CUGUAGCAGCUAGCUAGCUAAUUCUGGCUAAUCUGCGCCGUAGCCGUCAAAACUUACGUGUUUCGUCGAAAGGGGACGAAGAUUGUCGAAUCAGAGUGAGAGUAGUCUCGGGCUUUGUCGUGUUUAUCGUGUAAUUUGUGUUUAUUUUUCACCUGUUCGGGCUGUUUACAACCGAUGAAGUGUGUUUUUUUUUUCACUUCGGAGCGAGCUAGCUGAGCUAGCUGAGUUAGCUGAACCGCCGCCAUCUUGGGAGAGACGUCGAUUGUGUUAGUCCGGAGCUGAAGACGGUCGGCUGUCGGAGAGAGGCGGCUCCCGCUGCUCAUCACCGCCUCUCUGGGUUUCUGCUAACGUGACUUCAGACCGACUGCAGCUGCAAACACAGCGACCAGCGACAGAAUCAUCCGUCCUGCAGGAUUUCCUCAGAGUCUUCGGGAUGGACUCGGCCGUGACCUUCAUUGUCCUCCUGGGAUGUUGCUGCUGUGCGUGGACGUCGGCCGGAGGACAGUCGUUCUCCUUCUCCAUGGUUUUCAGUGGAGGAACUCGGCUCCUGGUUCACGGCGGAGAGGAAGCUGACUGCGAUGAAGACGACGAUCGUCAUCAUCAGAACGAGACAAAAGGGUCGUCGUCCUCCAUUGCUCCGUCUGUUCAGGUUUUAUGGUCGGUCCCGUCCCCUCAGGAUUCAGGAUCUCCUCACCUGCUGGUCUGCGUCCUCUCUGGGUUUAAGUCCCCCGUGCAGGAAGUCCUGUGGUGGGUCGAUGACACCGUGGUGACGACAGCGGCCACAGACGUGUCACUGAUGAGGUCAGAGAAUGGCGUGGCUUACAGCGCCAUGUCAGUGUGGGAGGUGUCAGCGGCAGACUGGAAGUCAGGAUCCACAUACUCCUGUGGGACGGUCCAGAAGGGGCGGGUUUACAGACAGAAGCUCUGCUCAGAGGACUGACGAGACCCGGGCCUGGACUCAGAGACUGGACCUGCACUGUUAUAAUUUACAGGUUUAUUGACCUAAAAUCAGAAUCUUUGUGUAAAUCCAACCAUCAGACCAAUGUCGUUAAAAGUCAAAUAUUUCCUCUGGGAUGUGGAAGUCAAAAUAAAACGUAUCUGAAAUGUUGGCAUCA